AUGGACAUAAAUCUUAUUAACAAUACGGAAACAAUAGAACCCCUAGCCAAAGAGUAUAAUGGAUCAACAUCGAUACCACAUCCAGAAGAUACGAAGAAUACUAACAAUAUUGUUACGAGUAACAAUAAGAAUGCUACCACCACCACUAAUACUACCAUAAAUAAUACUGGGGACGACCCAACGACAUUGAUAGAUUGGCAACGAAAAUGCAUAAUUCAAAAUAAGGAAAUUGAGAGGUUGAACAAACUUAACCAAUUCCUUGAAUUAGAAAGAAAAUUAGGACAAUAG